UGUAGCUUAGCCUCAGUCUUUUCUGAGCGUGUUCAUAGUUCGUACUACAAUGAAACGGGCCUUAUGCAUAUUUAUCCACUUCCUGCUGGUUUUAUCUAUCGCCAGUCAAGAAGAAGCUCCAGCAAAAAAUAAAAGGAGUAUUUUCGGAAAUCUAUUUUCGACGAAAGAGUGCAUUAAAAAUGGUGCGAAAAUCAUGUCCCCCGAUGAGGUUUGUUGUGAAGGAUACAAUCUAACUGCUGAUUUUCGGUGUUUUCCUGUAUGCGAUCCGGCGUGUGGUAAUGGGAUUUGUAUCGAGCCGAACACUUGCCAAUGUUUGGCAGGAUUCACACUUGACUUGUCUGGAUCCUGUGUUCCUACCUGUCCCCGGGGUUGUGUCAAUGGGAUAUGUUUACCAGAUGGAACGUGCGAGUGCAAACCUGGUUACGCAUUAUCACAGAAUAGGAAACUUUGUCAACCGAUUUGCUCAAAACCUUGUUCUUUAAGCAUGAAUUGUACUGCUCCAGACGUAUGUGCAUGCCCCAGGGGGUACCUAGCAGAUCCAAACGAUGCUAGAAGUUGCAGGCCAGUCUGCGAGAAAAACUGUUUAGGAGGCGAAUGCGCUGCUCCCAACUCAUGCUUUUGCUAUGUCGGGCAUAAACUUAAAGAUGGUGUCUGUCAAGCGGAAUGUAAAAGUGGCUGUCGAAAUGGGAAAUGUGUCCUUCCAGACGUUUGUGUGUGCGAUCCUGGAUAUACCCUCAAUGCAACAACUGGGCUAUGUGAUCCAGUUUGCAAUGAAUGUGAGAAUGGUUACUGCAUUCGCCCCAACGGGUGUAAAUGUGACGAAGGAUACGUCAGGAGAGGCAACACAUGCAAACCGUAUUGUUACGAUGACUGCAUAAAUGGGUACUGUAUUGCACCGACCCAAUGUAUUUGCAUGGAUGGAUAUGGGAAGGAUCCGAGUGGAACGUGCCUGCCACUCAAUUGUAGGACGCGUUUCACAGAGAAGGAGUGCACAAUUUUUCAUCGAACUACACAGACGGGAGUGCAAAGUAAAUGAUAGUGAACUUCGCAUACUAUCUAUUCUUGUGUCACUUAAAUCAUUUUCCAAAGAUAUUUAUGAUAUUUGUAAAAGGAUGUACAAUCCAUAAUAUGAUAGGUGUAACCCCUAAUUUUUUUUUCCUAGAAUGGUGUUCACUUAGGGUGAGAUAAUCAUAGGCUCAAUAAAUGAGGAAGUUACUGUAUUCGGGUACAACAUA